AUGGCAACUCCAACGCACGAAUUUCAACUUCCGCUGAUCGGAAAGCUGGCGCUCGUGACCGGUGCCUCGAGGGGAAUUGGUGAGGGCAUCGCAUUUGAAUUUGCUCGUCGCGGAGCUUCGGUCGCGCUGGCAUAUACGUCGCCCAGUAGCGAAACCAAGGUAAAGGCUCUCGCACACAAGAUCCAAUCGCUCCCGCAUAAGCCAGCAGCGCACUGCGUGCGCGCCGAUUUGAGCAGCGUUGAUGGCGCCAAGGAAGUCAUCUCUUCCCUUCGGGCGUGGACCCACGACGACCCACAUGUCGACAUCCUCGUCAAUAAUGCCGGCCUGGAGCGCGUGAGAUCCCUGGCCGAGCUGACCGUAGACGACUACGACGCUGUCUACGAUCUAAACGUCCGGGGUGUCAUCCUACUCACGCAAGCCCUGUUGCCCCACCUAAAUCCGGGGGCCCGGAUCAUAAACAUCGGCUCCGUUGGUGCGCGCGCGGGGUUCAAAGAACUGAGUCUCUACUGCUCGUCCAAGGCGGCGCUGGAAGGGCUGACAAGGUGCUGGGCCGCGGAGCUCGGCGGGAACGGGACGACGGUGAACUGUGUCAAUCCCGGCCCGGUGCAGAGCGAAAUGUUGGACAAUAUACCGAAAGAGAUCGUUGAGAUGCAGAAGAAGCAGACGCCCCUGCAAAACCGCCUGGGCACGGUGGAGGAGGUCGCGGGCGUGGUAGCUUCAUUGGCCGACGCAGAUAUGGCAUGGGUGACGGGCCAAGUCAUCAGCGUCAGUGGCGGUUGGGCUAUGUAUUGA